UGUGUGUGUGUAUGCAUGUAUGUAUCUAAUUGAGUUCAGUAUUACGGGUACCUGUGAAUCUGAAUAUGAAUUUCUCUCUUCUCUAGACUGAGGCAGCAUGAACUCGGGCACAGUACAGUAUUCCGGAGUGAAGUGCAGUGACGAAAUUCCCAAUGUGCUUACAGAUGACAACUACUACUUCAAGAAGAAACGAUACGUGAAAAAAGAUGGGAGCUGUAAAAUGGUUGUGCACCACGUUCCAGAGGAGUGGCUUCUCUGGGUCACUGACAUCUUCACCACCCUGGUGGAGAUCCGCUGGAGGGUCAUGUUCUUGACAUUUGCCUUCUCCUACAUUUUAUCGUGGCUCUUUUUUGGAAUUUUGUUCUGGAUCAUUGCUUUGACCCACGGCGAUAUGAAAAACCCCAACAAUGAGCCAUGUGUUUAUGAGGUUCGAAGUUUUACAGCUGCUUUUCUAUUCUCAUUAGAGACCCAGACCACCAUUGGUUAUGGCUUUCGGGGGAUGUCUGAGAACUGCAUGAUUGCCAUCAUCGUAGUUACCAUCCAAGAUGUCAUCAGUGUCUUCAUUGACACUUUUGUCAUCGGCAUCGCAGUCGCAAAGAUGGCAUCUGCCCGUAAGAGAGCACAAACGGUUGGAUUCAGCAAUUGUGCAGUGAUCAGCUUGCGUGACGAUCACCUAUGCCUGUCAUGGCGGGUCGGGGACUUCCGAAGGAACCACAUGGUAGAAGGAACGGCUCAUGCACAGCUGGUACGGCACCUGGCACACAGCACAGGAAAAGUUAACGUUACAUACAAAGACCUCAACAUUGAAGAGAACAACAUCAUCCUGGCCACCACAACGACUAUAGUUCAUAAAAUCACCCCUGGCAGUCCUCUAUACAAGGUGAGCUUGAAGGACCUGAGGAAGGAGAACUUUGAGCUGGUGGUCUCUUUCACCUACACAGACGACUGCACAGGCAUCCUUCACCAGACACGCACAUCCUACACUCCAAGUGAGAUUCUGUGGGGCCAGCACUUUCAGGAGAUGAUCAGGGUCACCCGCAGGAACUACAGAGUGGACUACGCCCUGUUCAACCACACAGUUAAAGUCCUGGUCCCAGAAUUAAGCGCAGAGGAGUAUGACCUAAAGAAGUACUCUCAACAGCCAAAACACAAACCACUUCACAUAAGUUCUCCAACAGCAGCUGUGGAAUUGGUUAAUGGGAAUAGUCUUGAGGCAGAAAAAGCAUCCACCAGCAGUGCUGUCCAAGAACACGAUCUAUAACAGUGGCCUUGAUAUAUCCUGACUCUGCUAUAGCACUUUGAAAUAGGGCUUCCUCAAAGGGCAUCACUAUUGUAAGAAAUAGUGCACUUAUAGUUAGAUUUAGACAUUAAGGUGUGCUGUUAGUAAGUUAGCAAGAAGAUCUUAAAAGACCUUUCUAACAUAGUAUCCUGGACUAGUACUGGAAAAUCACAUUAAAGCCCUGUAGGCCCUUCGGUUUGAUGAGAAUCCAAUUAGAUCACUAUAUUCAAUAUAAUAUAAAAGUGUUGUUUAAUUAGUAUGUUAUUUAUGUUGUAUAUGUGGCAUUCAGCAGCCUUGCACAAACUCAAUAUCACUUUAUACCACUUUAUCACUGAUAUCACAGACAUAGAAAAAAUUGAUGGGCAUUACGGACUCGUCUUGUAUGACCUUGAAGGUUCUUUGAUAUCAAGAGACGGAAAAAAGGACCUCCUUGAUUAAAUUAUGAACCCAAACCUUCAACUUACAUAAGAGGCAAUGGAUCAAUUAUCAUGACAGUGACAUUAAACGGACCAAACUGUGGUCAGUCAGUGUGUCUCUUUAGCAUUAGCUGAGUAAGUACAGAACACUGUUCCACCUUAUUUUGCAAAGUGGUUAACCUUUCCGUCCAAACAACUA